CAUCCAUUAAGAUGCCCUGUUAGGUUAUUUAUACAAUCUAUUGGUUUGACCGACAACAACCUACCAACACCGACAGCACAUGCCAGUAAUAAACGCUUAGUAUUAGAUGAAUCGUACAAGUGUGUCUUAAUAUUGUGCUUUCACUCCCAUUUUUGUCAUCAGGUAAGCGUUAAAUAAAACUAGGCGACGACGGUUUAUGGUGCACACCCUGGGUUUUGUCUUUCCAAUCCCGGCGCAUGAUGAUAGUGUUGUUGCUGGGUGCCAUUGUUUGUAUGGGCCUCUCAGAUGAGAUUCAAGUGACGAAGUACUAUGGGAGCUCCCAUCAGUUCUGGGUGCCCACAAAGACUCAUUCCAUCCAGUUCAACCCCAAGGACUCGUCAGAUGUGAGGAUCUUGUGGACACAGGGUAGCAAUCUCACCAUGGACGGAAAGCAUACAAGGAUGGGACGCUACCUUAUUGUGCGUAAUGUCACUCAGAUGGACAGUGGUCGCUACAUAAUGAGAGGCAAAGAUCAGGAAAUACUCUCCACCUAUACCCUCGACAUAAAAGAAAUCAUAAAGACCUAUAUGCGGCAAGUUGGUGAAAGCCUCAGAAUAACUUAUGAUCUGGAACCAAACUCCUGCAACAUUUACUACUACUCACAGCUCUGGGCACGUACUGAGAUAGUAGUUCACCAAGGCAAGCUGCGGAGAGAUUUGGAUAAAUUUGGUUGUAAAGGGUUUGAAUUGAUAGAACCAUGUGGGAUUUCAAAUGACGCCCUCCAGCUGUCAUGCAACGGACACUUUGAGAUCAAAGAUCAGAACGACAACAAGGCCUUACUGGCGUAUCUGCCAUUGUAUCCGAUCGAAAAGACCUUGAUUCGGUUUCCUGGUGAAAACUUCAACUUCACUAUAGAUCUGGAACCAAACUCCUGCAACAUUUACUACCUCCCAGAGAUGGGGUCACGUGAUGAGAUUGUAGUUCGCCAAGGCAAGCUGCAGAGAGGUUUGGACAGAUUUGGUUGUGUAGGGUUUGAAUUGUUAAAACCAUGUGGGAUUUUAAAUGACGCCCUCCAGAUGUCAUGCCAAGGAACCUUUUCAGUCAAAGAUCAGAAUGACGGCAGGCCCUUAGAGGUGUCACUGAUCAUGAACCGACCACCUGGUGAGCCAUCUUACAUUAGAACUGCUGUUGGUAUUGUCCUCUCCAUUUUGUUCUGCGGUUACAUGGGGCGUUACUUCUGUGGGGGCACCCCCACCAAAAAGAGAGCUGCGAAUUCUCCUGCUGAACCUGAUGUGCAGUACCAAGAGUAUGACCAUGAGCCUGUUCGACCGAGGCCAGACCAAUUCAGUCGACCCUCUGGGGCGCACUACCCCCCCCAGCCUGCUCACACUCCGACUGACCCGCUGGUACAUCAUCAUCCUGACGUGAAAUGGCCGUCAGCUUCUUCUGAGGUUUCAGCUCCAGCAGAGCCGGCAGACGCUCCGACUGUCCAGUAUGAGCCUGCGCCGCAGUUUGAACUGAAGGGACUGACCUUUCUCACUUCGGACUCAAACCCCUGUGAUGUUUAUACCUCAGACAAACUCAACUUCCUCUGAGAGUCUGAUUUUGAAAAUUACACUGAAACUAUUUAACGCAUUAAUUAGUGUGAUAUUUAUGAAAUAAUUUGACAUUUUGGGAAAUAAACGUAUUCACCGGUUGCCUCCUUGAGCCAUUAUGAAUUUACUUACGUCUGUACAGAGCCAAGCUAGCUGUUUCCUCUGUUAGUCUUUAUGCAAAGCUAAGCUAACCAGCUGCUGGCUGCAGCUUCAUAUUUUAUGUACAGACAGGAAUGGUAUCAAUCCUCUCACCCAACUGUUGGCAACAAACAAAUUAAUAUAAUUCUCAAAAUGUUCCAAAAACACAUUUUGCAUCAGAGUUAGUCCCAAUUUAAAAAUGUUACAGAGCAGAGUAAAGACUUUGUACCCAAGGAUCGCAUGUUCAAAACCAAAGGUGAAAGGGAACUUCUCAAUGAAAAGCAUGUCCUCUAAUCUGCAUUAUUUAAAGUAAUAUUCUACCUCAUGAGAUAGUGCACCUGGAGUGCCUACCAACCUACAAACUGUGAAAUAAAGCUGCCUAGAUCAGGAAACGUCAUUGAACGAGCCAUUCAGAUUUGGCUCCCCUUCCUGCGUCACAUGCAGGCUAAUUAGAAUAUACCAACCCCCAUCUGAGUCUCCCCACCCACGGCUUGAGAACCUCCUUUGCAAAGGUGCACCAUAUUAUUCUCUCAAGCCAAUCAGAGCAGACUGGGAUUUUUAUAGCGGGGACAAUACAUGGGACAGGGACCCAAUGCGUUACAUAGGCAGAUCUGUUAUUUACCUACUAUCCCGACUCCUGGUGUGUCUCAAUUCAGAUACUUCUGUAGGUAAAGUUCCAUAUAUUUCACAGUACAUACUGCGUAGUUCAUACAUUCUGAUAGGAUAGUUAAUUUGCCUGGCUAUUAUUAUCUCACCAGAAGCUCUGUAGAUCAAUCAGCUGCAGGCAUCACGUUGUAUCACCAUUGAUUCAAUUCAGACUGAUAAAUUAACCUAUUAAUAGCUUCUGUCUGACUACAGUGCAAUGGUACUUAGUGGAAAAAAACACAAGUAUAACUUAAAUUUGUAUAGUUUGGUCGCAAGUUCCUCACCCAGCAUUUUCACAAGAAGUACAUUGAUGAUGUACAAAGAUGGCAGCUGUUUAGGGUGAGGAGUACCACAAUAAACUUUAUGACCAAGUAUUCACAUCCGGGUACUCAUUGUGCACUGCAUUUUUCCAUACUCUCAGUUUAAACACGUCAUGAACUAAAAAUAGCAGGUGUUAAGUACAGAAGUACACAAAUUGAGACACAGCAUUCGUCUUAGUAGUGUGUGGUCGCUGCCAGCUUCACUGUGAGCAUAUUGAGUUUCGACAAGCGAUAAUGCAUUUGGUUAUCCAGUGAUUGCUCUGCUGGCUCACAUUGACUCUGAUACAAUGAGGUAUUUGUUAUACUGUUUUAAUCAUUUUAAAACAGAUUGAAUUUUUGUUUUUACCUGCUGGAGGUGCUGUGUUGCCUUGCGUAGAGAAACAAAAAGAUAGACGCGCCACGUAAAAAACAGAGCUGAGACGUGCAAUGCUUGCACAGGUGCAUGCAGCUUUGGUGGCCAGUGUAGCGGCUUCAGUGGAUUGUCUUGGGCGCACUCUGCUGCAGCAGAAGUGUUGAAGUGUGUCCAUGUUUCAUGUUUAUCGGCUGCUAAAGAGACAGGUGCUAUCACAGGUCAUUUGGACAGAAUCUGAAUGUGGGUGUAUUGCAACAGACAGUAUAAGAAAAAUGAAACAUUAAAGCAUGUGAACAUAUUCUAGUAUAAACCCAAAAUACUAGUAUGAGCAUAAUAUAUCCCUUUUAAAAUCCCUCUCAUUAGUUUCUCACAGUACUGAGAGUGAAGAGUUUCGCCAUUCCUGCAGCUCAGACAGGGAUACAUUUGCAGACUGCCAUGUCUGUGAACAUUUUCAGGGAACAGCCUCUAAAACAUUCACUGCUUCCUUUAUACAAUUAAGUGAAUUAGAAUUAACCUCAACUGAGCUGUAAAUGUAUGUUUUAAUAUUGAUAUAUAGCCAUUGUAUUUGAUUUUCUCAUGUGAGUCUCACACACACAUACCUAAUGUGUUGGAGAUUUAUUAUAGAGAUUGUAUUAAAUAUAUAUAUGUGUAAGUAUUGUUUUUUUUAAAAGCUAACCUGUAACCUUUUUUUCAUUUAGAAACAAGUAAGCGUCAUGUGUUUGUAUUGACGUGUUUGUUUCAGGUGCAUUAAAUCAAGCAUGUUUUUGCAUCA